AAACGGGUGUUCAGUUGACCAGAUAAGAGGUUGUGAUAUAAUCGGAAGGUAUAAAAAACUCCAUUUCAUCGUUCAAUGUAUAUUCAACCAACCAUGCUAUAUGGUUCGUAAUAAAGACGUCAAAGAAUUCGAUCAAGCACUAGACAAAGAACCAAAGGAAGUCAUUGGGUUUCUUGUAACAAAUACAUAUGUUGCAAGUGAGGUCCUCAAAGCAUUUAAAAACAAUCAACGAAUUUUAUUUUGCCACGAGAAUGAUCUCAUCGGCACCAUUUAUAAAGUCGAAGAAACCAAUGAACAAAAAUUAAACAUUUUACUCGGAGCAUUUGAAAAUAUCAUAAAUGUCCAAAAAGAUAUUCUUGAAAUUUUCAAAGAAAUGGUGGAUGAAUAG